GGAUCCCAAUUCAUUACUCCUGAUGAACAACACAACAAGAGGCGUUGUAAAAGCUACAGAAAGCGCGUGUUCCUGUUAGACAAUCGUGCUGGCAAGCUACGCGGAAAAGAGGGUAUCAGCUGUCGAACAAGGAGUUGGUAGUUCUAGAAGUCACAACUCAAAAGGGGGCAUACAUAAUAGACUGAACGUUGUACUGGUGGUUGCGAGGUGCCUUCACCCAAACCCCCAAAUGCGCUUGAACAUCUACAUUGCCCUGUAUAACACAGACGGCGGGGAAGGAAAAUAUCGCUGGGCACUGGUGACUCGGGACCCGCAGCGCAAGCUCAGCGAGCCUGUGAGCCUGUACCAAGUGGUGAAGAAGAAGAAAUGGGAGACGAACCACGACUGCGGGGCGAGACUGUCUGCACCGUUGUUGUGCUUGAUUGAGAUGCCGUCUCUGGAGGCAAAUCCCAAAGAAGUCGACACGUUUAUCCGGCAACAGCCUGCUGCGCAAGGCUCGUCGGUACUGCUCCGGGGCCAAAAGGGAUGGAGCAGUGCGCACUGGGUGAUCCGGACGCUUGAAGGCAUGGCGGAGCUGCGUUGGUUCGAAGAGUCGGUGGGCGACCACACUGAUUUCUAUGAUUAUAUCGCGAAUGUCAAGGGCAAGAACUUCGAGCAGGGCGUUGCGGCGGGGCCAGAGUUUGCGCAUGCAUACGGGGCUCACAUGGGCAUCGAAGUGGACGGGAUCCGGCCCAGGCUGGAAGAGAAAGAGCAUGCUACGGCAGCUAUUCGCAAGCAUCUCGAGUUUCGUAUGCAUCGUGCUAAUCGAGACCACACUAGUAUCGAUAAAGUGUUGGUUGAGCAGCAUCUCUGCGAUGCAAGAAGGGAGUGGAUAAAGAUUGUAGGCAGGCAGAAGAAGAUCAUCUGGGACUGGAAGACGGAGGCGGAUAUCAAGAAGAGGCUUGAUCUGACGAGACAGAAUAUGAUGAAGACCAAGAUGGAAACCGUACGGGACAAGAUGUCGUCUGCUGCGAUCUAUGCUGCGAGGACCAGUGCGUGUAUUAUACCGCCUCGACCACCGCCUCCGAAAUUUGUACCGGGCCUGAUCCCGUCCCUUCCACCGGCGAUUCUGGUGAUACCCAACCCAAUUGCCAUGUUCUCGUGUUCUCCGAGGACGAUCAGAGGAUACUUUGAGAAGGCGAUGGAGCUGGCGAUAGCGUACCAGGAAGAGUACUGUGGUCUGAAUCGAACCAAGGCGCGUCAAAAGGCGGAGGGAAAGUUUUUAGAGGAUAUGAGCGCGAUUGAGUUUGAUGCCAGACCAAAGACACCAGUCAAGCCGAAUGCUGUGGUCCCGAGUGCUCGUCCGGCUACAUCGAAUACCGACGAAGAAUGGGAGAUAAAUGUGAAGCGAUGCCUGAACGAGACGUACAAAAGGAUGGUGAGCGACCAGGAGAAGGAGCUCGAAGGAGUCGAUGAAGAGGACAAGAGGCGGUUGAUGGCAGAGUUCAAGGAACGGGCUAUGGCGUCGUUGAGGCAAACGUUUGACGAGGAGUGCAGUAGACGAGUGGCGGUGCAGCACAGAGACUGACGUUAUUUUGGAUGGCAGUACUGUUCGAUUUCGACGGUAGCUUCAUGGGGUGUUACGGGUUAUGCUAUAUCACCAAAUGACCAUACUUACGCGUUACGAAAUACCGGGAGCUUCACUUCACCGGGUCCCAUUAUGCGUUACGUGAAUUAAUGGUCGAAAUCGGACAGUACAAGUAUAACCACGAGGGUCUCUUAUCCUUGUUAACCGCGACGAUGCCUUCCUCUGUAUGCCUUUGCUUUCUCGCAAUGUACGUUUAUUCUACGAUUGCUUUGGUCUUUCGUUCAAUUGUUUGUAGUAUUAUGCCCCCCGUGACCGUGCUGCUAAGUAUGUCGCAUCUACUAUCACGGACGGAUAUCAUUAACCGUUGCUUAGAACGAGGCUGCUCUGCCGAUUUCUGGAUUAAUAUUGCACUGUGCGUGCUAGGUUGGAUUCCGGGGAUUAUCCAUGCUUGGUGAGUGCGAGCCAUGCCUGCAGGAUUCGUAUUCACG